GGAAGAGAAGACUGAGGAGAUGUGAAGCCAAGAGCCCAGCAGCAACCAGAACAAGAUAAGGGUGCUGGACUCAGGAUACAAGGAAGGUCAAUUCAUGACCUUUAAGGGAAGGAUGUCACACCUCUCUCUUUCAGCAGAGCUGCCCAGCAUAAGCCAAGCUGUGGCUGAACUGCCAGAUGCCUUUGAUUUCUCCCUGGAUGAUGAUGCCAGCUCCCUGGGCUCUGACUCUGAGCUGAACGGGAUUGCUCCGUAUCGCAAGACUGAUCGCUAUGGCUUUAUCGGGGGCAUCCAAAAUGGCCUAGGUCAGCUCCCAGUUGAGCUCAUUCGGCAUCGUGAGGCCAAGUGGCUGGAGAUGACAGCUCAUUGGGAGAAAACCAUGGCCUCUCGUUACAGAAAGGUAAAGCUGCUGUGUCGGAAGGGAAUUCCUUCAUCCUUACGUGCCCGCUGUUGGCCUCUGCUGUGUGGAGGGCAAGCCAAAAUGGAGAAGAACCCUGGAAAGUACCAGGAACUGCAAGAGAUACCUGGUGAUCCUCAGUGGGUAGAAACCAUCACAAAGGACAUUCAUCGCCAGUUCCCUUUCCAUGAGAUGUUCCUGUCACCUGAGGGGCCUGGGCAGCAAGGGCUACUGCAGCUACUGAAGGCCUACACUGUGUAUCGGCCCCAGGAGGGUUACUGCCAGGCCCAAGGGCCACUAGGCGCCCUGCUACUCAUGCAUAUGCCUCCAGAGCAAGCCUUCUGGUGCCUGGUGCAGAUCUGUGAGCACUACCUGCCGGGCUACUACAGCCCCAAGAUGGAGGCACUGCUGCUGGAUAGCGAAGUGUUUGUUGCUCUCCUGCACAGGGUAUGCCCCAAGGCACUGAAGCACUUGCAGAAACAUGGUGUGGGGCCUUUGCUCUACAUGCCGGAGUGGUUUCUGUGCCUGUUCGCCCGCACUCUGCCUUUCCCCACUGUGCUGAGGGUCUGGGAUACUUUCCUCAGCGAAGGGAUCAAGGUAUUGUUUCGUGUGGGGCUGCUGUUGAUCCGCUUGGCUCUGGGCUCCUCAGAGAAACUACGUGACUGCGCAGGGCUGGUGGAGACCCUGGAGAAGCUGCGCAGUGUCCCUGCUCAUCUCCUGCAAGAAGAUACAUUCAUGGCCGAGGUCCACGAUGUGCCCAUCUCAGACCGUGAUUUAGAACGUGCAUGUAGAGCCCAACUCAAGAAGCUGCGCGCAGCUCGGCCCGAAUUCCAGUACAGCCCAGAGCUUCGACAAUCUGGUGCAAAGGCCAUCUUUGAUGCACAGCAGCUGGAGGAUGCGCAGAAUGAGGAGGAUCUUGGAAGCCGUACACAUACUUUCUACAUCCCCCAGAUCAUGGUUGAGCCACCCCCUUUAUCCCCCAAGGAGCAGAAGAAGCUGGAGAAGGCCUCUGAGAUGCCCGAUCAGAAAAAAACCAAAGCGAGGAAGAAGCCAGACACACGUGGGAAGACCUUCCAUGUUACACAACAGCCCACGGGCAGAACAGAGGAAAGGCUGAAGCUGGAGAGUGUAAAAGGGAAGUCUUCCUUCUAUGUAGAGACAUGGUUCUGAACAGCAGCACAGCAGAGCCAGGCCCCAGCAGAAAAAAAGCCCCAAGCCUCUAUCACUGCCCCUCCUACAAAGUGCAUGCAAUCAUAUGUAGCACAUGAUGCCUUGAAGCCUAUGCUCAGUUUCGAGAAGAGAAAAAGAUAUGUUGGGGCUCAAUAUCUGCAACAGCAUAAGGGAAAAAAAGGGGGGGAGCAGAAGGGGCAAAGUAUAUUUCUAGGUGGGUGAACUAUACUAGAUGGGGCAGCAAGCUCCUUGUUUGGGGGAACACUUGCCUCCCCGUUGGUGCCACCACUGCUCAAUACUUCCUCAUUCGGAAGCUCUUCCCCCUAAGCCCCGAUGUGUGGUAAUGCAUGGAUAACGUAGUAGGGGGAGGGAUCCCAUCCUCCCUACAUUUUUGUGACAGCUGCUUUAGCUACUGAUUUAGGAGGCAGGUAUUAUUUGCCUAAAAUUGGUAGGGGUUAAGGGUUGGGGUAUGAGAAUUUCAUUAAGAGGGCUUCCCCAUAACUCAAGCACUGAUGUGUGGGAACUCUCUGGAUUUAUUCAGCAGUGAAGGGAAUGUAUCCUGGACCUGGACUUGCUCUGGAGCAGUUUUCACCUAUUCUUACUGUUUAUACUUUAGGGUUCAGGCAUGGCAUGUAAAACAAAGAAAAUGAAAGAAUGGCAGAGGGGAGCCCUUGUACAAAUGAAGCCCUGCUUGAAGUGCAUUGUAUAUCUAGCGCUCCAGCCCCAGAGCUGGAAGGGCUGCAGCCUGAUUCUAAGGAAGUACCGAGUUAAACAAAAAAUGAAUCAGAACUUGGGUAUAAGCAGACUCAGACUUAAAAGGGAGGCCAAAGGGUUGAAGCAUCCAAUUAAAAUAACAAAUUUGGUACAGAACUACUCUGAAUUUAGUAUCAUGAAGGUCAUUCGUUGGGACUGUUUGCUUCCAGAGCAGAUGUUGGAGUAUCUGUUUUAUGCAAUGUUUUCUGUAUUUGAACAAGGGGGGGGGGAAUGGGGAGGAAACAAAAGGAUAAGGAAGAUAAGAUGGAACAAAGGAAGGUCCUCUGAAGCACUGAGCUAGGAAAUAAAAGGUUCCCUUUUCUGGCUUGUCGUUAUUUUUUGCUUGUAUGUAGGGCUUUCACCUCCCCACUGCCCGACAGGACUCUCAUCUGGAAAACUUUUUACCAUCAGGGCGUAUCUUUAUGUUGGGGAAAGCUGUAUCAGUUGAAUUUCUGCCAGUUGAUGGCUUCCGAGCCCUUGCUAAAGCAGGUGGAGCACCUAAUUUGCUUUACUCAGUUCUAUGCGUGAGCAGACGCUGUAGGGAGCGGUUAACCAAGUGAGAUCAUCAAGACCUCUUCAUCUUCCAUGAAAAGGUAGGGGGGGAUCCUCCAGAAAAAGCGAGAUCCGCACCAACGAUUGGGUGGGACUGUCGAAACAACCCUCAACACGCCUGCUACCCCCCUUCCUUUCACAGCAGAUGGCGCGUGGGCGCUUCCCUCGUGCACCUGGUAUGCGCCGACCAACAAGAGCAGGUGGCGCAUGCGGUAGCUUUGGGGGAAGUUGCGUCAGGGAUGCCGAGGAGGAUGCAAUUGUGUCGGGCGCCAAGGCAAUUAAAAGGCGGCGCUACAGGAAAGAUUUGGCUUGGAGGAAUGCUUCGUUUGUUCAGGGCAAGUCUCCCUCCGCGAGUGCCUCGGAGGCGAAGGAGGCCGAGCAGAAUCUCCCUCUCCGCAUUUCCGAAGCAUGCACUGGGAAGCAGGAUUUCUUACACGCACGCACAUCUUCCACCCACAAUUUGUUUCUUAUAAACGCAUUUUGCUGAUGGCGAUGGCGACUACAGAUCCCGGGAGGGCAUCCUCGGCGUCGUGCCCAUGUGGCAGCAGCCGACUUACCGGACCAAUCAGAGGCAACUAUGGCAUCAAAAGCACACAGGGUAAUCAGACGGUCCGAAUCGUGGGAACAAAGUGAACAUCUUCUAGCCAAACUGAAAGGCACCCCCCGCCCUGACCUCCCUUGGUUUGUACCUGUAGACAUGUUCCAGAUCAGGCUGUGCCACAAAAGGAAGUGAGGAGGAGGUGCAGUGCGGAAAGGCACCUGCUUGCAGAAGAGAUACGCCCAAAUUCCUCAAGGAACAGAAGCCGCCAAAGCCACAUGUUUCGGAAUAAAGUAAUCCCCCCCCAAGGUUGUCAUAUUUGGAAGAAAUCUUUCCAGUCCCAUCUACAGUGUUCAGUCAGACCCAUCCCUCACCCAAAGUAUUGUUCUUGUUGUUCUUUCCUCUUUUUAUUUUUUUUAUUAAGUCAUUAGCUGUUCUUUAUUCUUCAGCUGUGCUUGCAACCUGCCUUUGGUUCUAUGAUGGAAGAAAGGUGGGAUGUAAAUAUAUAUAUAUAAUACAACUUCAAAUUAAAUAUAUCUUGUUUGA